AGCACAAUAGACUCGUUUAGGAAAACUAGUUUUGGUUCAAGAUGCCGUUGAUGUUGUUGCGACGUUGUUUUAUCGAUCGUCGACUGAUAACGUCGGAACUAAAAUGGCUGAUCGUGAUUAUUCUGCUUUGUGUUUGCGAAAUGGACUUUGUGUCUUGUCAAGCGCGAUAUUCCAUCCCGGAAGAGACUCCAGAGGGAUCAUCCGUAGGAAACGUUGCCAAGGAUUUGGGGAUAGAGAUAAACAGACUAAUUUCUGGAAAAGCUCGGGUUGUAACAAAGGGCGGUCGGCAAUAUGUCGAACUGAGCAGAGACAAAGGCACCCUCGUAGUGAAGGAGAGGAUAGACCGAGAGGAGCUCUGCAAGCAAACAACGCCCUGCAGCUUCAGCUUUGAUUUGAUCAUGGAAAACCCCAUAGAACUGCAUCGUGUCACUGUGGAGGUUCAAGAUGUAAAUGAUAAUGCACCAAUCUUUCCGAAAGGUACCGUCAAUUUACAAAUUAUCGAAAACACAGAAACAGGGGCGCGAUUUCCGUUGGACAGAGCUGUAGACUUGGAUGUGGGAAUUAAUGGAAUUGAAAGCUAUUCUCUCAGUCAGAACGAUCAUUUCACGUUGAAAAUAAAUACUCAGGCUGACGGCAACAAACAUGUAGAAAUGGUUUUGCAGCGAGAUCUGGACCGAGAAGACCGUGAUCAGCUCAAAUUAGUUCUGACUGCAUAUGACGGAGGAUCGCCGAAAAAAUCAGGCACAAUGCAAAUUCAUAUUUCUGUAUUAGAUGUGAAUGAUAAUAAACCUGUAUGUAGAGAAAUAGCUUAUAAAGCAGAAGUGAGGGAAAAUCUCGCAGCUGGUGCAGUCGUGACUGUAGUAAGCGCCACAGAUGCUGAUCAGGGUCUAAAUGGACACGUUUCAUAUUCUUUCGCGCAGGCAAGUAAAGAAGCCAGAAAUGUUUUUAAGAUAAACUCAGAAACAGGAGCUAUUACAACCUCAGAUACCCUGGAUUAUGAGACGGAAAAAAUGUAUCACCUAAAUGUUAAGGCAAUGGAUAAUGGGACGCUUUCAGAUACCUGUAACGUGAUAAUAGAAAUAAUUGAUGAAAACGAUAACUCUCCCUCCAUACAGCUCAUGUCCUUUUCAAACAUCAUUGCAGAAAAUUCUCCAAUCGGAACAACCGUGGCUGUAAUUAAUGUAGAAGACGCAGAUUCCGGUCAAAAUGGGCUCGUGCAGUGUAAAAUAAAUGAAAACAUACCGUUUAAAAUAGAAUCGUCGCUUUCUGAUUAUUAUGCAAUUAUUACAGAUGAACUUCUUGACCGAGAAAAUAUCGCUGAAUAUAAUAUAACCAUUCUGGUAUCCGAUCAAGGAAGUCCUGCACGACACAGUAACAAAACGAUAAGCGUUAAGAUUUCCGACGUGAAUGAUAAUCCACCCGUAUUCAGCUCUGAAGAGUUUAAAGCAUUUGUCGCUGAAAACAACUCUCCAGGUGUAGCUGUGCUGACUGUAAAAGCGAGCGAUGCUGAUUGGGGUCCAAAUGCACGACUGUCUUAUUUUUUGGAAGAUAGAAACAUACAGGGCAACCCAGUGAGUUCGUUAGUGUCAGUGAAUUCAGAGAGUGGCGUUGUACAUGCAAUCAAGGCCUUUGAUUAUGAGCAAAUGAAAACCUUCAGCUUUAAUGUGACAGCCCGAGACGGAGGGUCGCCUCCAUUAAGUUCUGAAGUCACCGUGACGAUAAUCGUUCAGGAUCAGAAUGACAACGCUCCUCAGGUUCUCUACCCAUUACAGACCGGUGGCUCUGUGGUGGCUGAGAUUGUGCCUCGUUCAGCAGAUGUCGGAUAUCUGGUCACUAAAGUGGUGGCUGUUGAUGUGGACUCUGGACAGAACGCCUGGCUCUCAUACAAACUCCAGAAAGCCACAGACAGGGCGCUGUUUGAAGUGGGAGCGCAGAAUGGAGAGAUACGAACUGUGCGCCAGGUCACUGACAAAGAUGCUGUGAAACAAAAGCUGACUGUAGUUGUGGAGGAUAACGGACAGCCAUCUCGCUCAGCUGUAGUUAACAUCAAUGUAGCUGUAGCAGACACUUUCCCUGAAGUGCUCUCAGAAUUCACAGACUUUACACACAGCAAACAGUAUAAUGAUGACCUCACCUUUUAUUUAGUUUUAGCAUUAGCUGCUGUUUCUUUUCUUUUCAUCACAACUGUAGUAGUUAUAAUAUCAGUAAAGAUCUACAGGUGGAGACAAUCGCGCAUCUUCUAUCAGUCCAAUCUCCCAGUUAUUCCGUACUAUCCACCCGGUUACACAGACACAGGAGUUACUGGAACUCUGCCGCACAUGUACAAUUAUGAUGCUUGUAUGACCACUGACUCGAGGAAGAGUAACUGUAAAUAUUCUACACUUGGAGGACAAAGUGUUUUAGUGAUGGAUCCGAGUUUUACAGAAACUCUGCAGCGCGCAAUGGUAGAAAAACAAAUCCAGCAAGAACCAGAGUCACCGGAAGUGGUAAGAAAAUAA